UCGUUGAAUCACCACACACACAUUGGUGGGUCAUGCCUGCGCCUGAUGUAUCUGUCUGUGUAACAUUCAUACAAUCGUGGACAAUUAUUAUGAAUAAAAAAGCCAAAAUGUGCAUACUGAGGCAUGCUUAGCAUAAACUCCACUUAAUAUUUCUACAUUUUAGUUAGCAGGUAAGUAAUGAUUCUUUCCACGGUGUAAGGCACUCAGAAUCUGUUGAAUGUUUUAUUUUACAGUGACUUGGAAGAUGAGGGCUGCCAUCUCACUGCUGGUGCUGCUGCUCUCCAUGUGUGGAGUCCAGACGGAGAGCCACGGCACUGACGCCUCUACCCAGCUGGACGUCUCUACUGAGCUGAAGGAACUCAGAGACAUGGUGGUGGAGCUGAGGGCAACACUACGACAUACUAGAGAUGACGUUAAGGUUUUGGAGGCUAAGAUGGCGGUGCUGGAGGCAGAUAAUGUAGCCGUGACAGAAAGGCUGGCAGUCAGUGAGAGUAAGGUGGAGGCUCUGGAGAGGGCGCUACAGGACACCAAAGCAGAAAUGAAGACGGAGGUGGACAAUCUGAAGAAGGAAAAUGCAGCAACUGAGAAAAUAGAGGAGAAUCUGGAGAAAGAGAUCAAAGCAGCACCCAAGGUGGCCUUCUCAGCAGGUCUGAAGGAAUCUGGAGCUGAAAAUGGAUUCAAAUAUGCUAGGCGUAAUAACCUGAACUUAGUGUUCAGUAGAGUCAUCACAAAUGUAGGAGAGGCCUACUGCAACGCAACUGGCUUCUUCACAGCUCCAGUCAGGGGGGUCUACUACUUCAGGUUCACUGUUGUGGAUUAUCUAUUCUCCCGCUGGAUGCAUAUCAAGAUGUUUAAGAAUGGAGAGCAGCUCAUGUGGCUGAGUGAGUAUGACGAUGACAGACGUGAGACCUAUGUGUCCAGUGGCCUGGCUCUGCAGUUGGAGAAGGGAGACACAGUAAACCUGGGGAUACCAGCAGAGAGCAGGCUUUAUGAUCAUAGUGAAUAUAACCACAGCACCUUCAGUGGCUUCCUGCUCUUCCCUCUCUGAACCACGCCACAACAUCACCACGACCACU